AUGGAGCCUGAUCUGCAUGAAACCGGCGUCUCUUUUAAGGAAGACUGGGUCAUUCAUCGCCACAAGGGCAUCAUCACCUGCACUUUUUUUGCUGCCGAUUACGACCAACUUCGUUCUCGGUUGCGUUCCAAAUUGCUGGAAGUGGUGCAAGCCAAUCCGUGGAUGCUUGGGAGGUUCAAGACGUGCAAGACGCGUAUGGAUUGUCCGACGACUGUGCCACAGAACAGUGAUGAAACACUUCUUGAUUCCUAUGGGUUGUGGCUGCCUGAUGGAGAUGCAGGUGAGGGAGACUCCCGCGUUUCCCGUUCGAGUCCUUACCCGGUUCUGAACAAAGCUGUAGUCGAUUGGUUAGGCCCCCUGGACGUGGCAACAACCAUGAAGGCGUUCAAGAAUAACCGCCCAUUGUCUGAAAGCAGUCUCUUCCGCUUUACGAUGUUGCGUGUCAACCCAGAGGAGUGUGCUGUUCUUUUCGGGAUGUCUCACUACGUCGGCGAUGCGCACACGUAUUAUCCAUAA